GCGGGGGCGCGGCCCGGCCUUCGCUCCCGCCCGCCCCGUCCUCGUCCCCGCCCGCCGUCCCCGAGCCGCGGCGCCCAGAGCUGCGACCCGCGCGCCCCGCUCCGCCGCCGCCCCGGCCCGGGCCGCCAUGUCUCUGUGGAAGAAAACCGUCUACAAGAGUGUGUGCCUGUCCCUGGCCCUGCUGGUGGCCGUAACGGUAUUCCAGCGCAGUCUGACUCCCAACCAGUUUCUGCAGGCACCCCCGCCCCCCACUCUAGAGCCACAAAAGGCUCAGAAGCCAAGCGGACACCUGGUGAACCCCAACAGUUUCUGGAAGAACCCGAAGGAUGCGGUAGCCCCCACGCCCAUGGCCUCACGAGGGCCCCAGACUUGGGACAUCAACAUCACUAACUGCUCGGUCAAUGUCAACUUGACCCACCAGCCCUGGUUCCAGGGCCUGGAGCCACACUUCCGGCAGUUUCUGUCCUAUCGCCACUGCCGAUACUUCCCCAUGCUGCUGAACCACCCGGAGAAGUGCCACGGUGACGUCUACCUGCUGGUGGUGGUCAAGUCGGUCAUCACGCAGCACGACCGCCGCGAGGCCAUCCGCCAGACCUGGGGCCGUGAGCAGGAGACGGUGGGCAGGGGCCGCGGCGCCGUGCGCACCCUCUUCCUGCUGGGAACGGCCUCCAAGCAGGAGGAGCGGGCCCACUACCAGCAGCUGCUGGCCUACGAAGACCGCCUCUACGGCGACAUCCUGCAGUGGGACUUUCUCGACAGCUUCUUCAACCUGACCCUCAAGGAGAUCCACUUCCUCAAGUGGUUUGACAUCUACUGCCCCAAAGUUCACUUCAUCUUCAAGGGCGACGACGAUGUCUUCGUCAAUCCCCCCAACCUGCUCGAAUUUCUGGCGGACCGGCAGCCACAGGAAGACCUGUUUGUGGGCGACGUCCUGCAGCACGCCAGGCCGAUCCGCAAGAAGGACAACAAAUACUACAUCCCGGGGGUUCUGUACAGCAAGGCCAGCUACCCGCCGUACGCGGGCGGAGGGGGCUUCCUCAUGGCCGGCAGCCUGGCCCGGCGCCUGCAUCACGCCUGCGACACCCUGGAGCUGUACCCCAUCGACGACGUCUUCCUGGGCAUGUGUCUGGAGGUGCUGGGCGUGCAGCCCACGGCCCACGAGGGCUUCAAGACUUUCGGCAUCUCUCGGAACCGCAACAGCCGCAUGAACAAGGAACCCUGCUUUUUCCGCUCCAUGCUUGUGGUGCACAAGUUGCUGCCCGCCGAGCUGCUGGCUAUGUGGGGGCUGGUGCACGGCAACCUCACCUGCUCCCGCAAGCUGCAGGUGCUCUGACCCCGGCCCGACCACCGGGCCGGGCGAGGGCAGGUGUUCCUGAGCCCCAGAAAUCAUGGGGCCGGAGCCGCAAAGCCAGGACGUGGUCUGUGGUCCCCUGCAGGGAGCUGGAGGGUUUGGGCCGUGUGCGCCCCUGGGUGUGAUGGGGUGCAGUUAGCCGGAAGGAGGCCUCCCUGCGCAGACACUCCCCAGAAAGUGGAGCUGAGGCCCAGGACCGUUGGGAACUGCCCGGACCGCGGGAGGAUCAUCUUGGGAACCAGGCCACCGGCCGCUGGUCGCCCUCCUAACCUGGGUGCCCUGCUUGGCUCCCUGUGACCUGGUGGAGGCCCUGGCGGUCUCUGAAGGAAGCUGGUGCUCAGGUACCCGGGUUAGGCCUGACCCCGGAUGGGUCUGUGGCGGCCCUCUCUUCUUCACAGAGAAGAUUCUCGUUCUCCCAUGAAAUGCCUCAGUCUCCCCCCGCUGGGCCCAAGCAGCCCUUUCAGGAGAAGCUCAGCCCUGUGCAGGCUCACAGGCCCCCCUUCCCCCACAGUCCCUGCCCCUGGGUCUCCAGGAGACGGAACCUCAGAAGGCCCUCAGCGCCGCCCCUGCCCCCCAGACCCGCCUGGAGUUGCUGCUCAGUGUCUGCUCCCAGGU